UUAGUCAUCAACAAAAAUAUUUUACGUCAAACAUUUGUCAUACUUGUUUAUUAUAAAAAUACAAUAAUUUUCUCAAUAAAUAGUUUGCAAAAGGUAUAAAGUCUUAAUUUUAAACAAAUAAUAAUGGGUAAUGAAAUGUCAUCGUCCGCCAUGGAAAAACAUUUAUUCAACUUGAAAUUUGCCGUUAAAGAACUCCAACGAAGUUCAAAACGAUGCGAAAAGGAAGAAAAACAAGAAAAAGCUAAAACAAAGCAAGCAAUUCAAAAGGGUAACAUGGAAGUUGCACGUAUUCAUGCUGAAAACGCUAUAAGACAGAAAAAUCAGUCUAUAAAUUAUUUAAAAAUGUCUGCACGAGUUGAUGCUGUUGCCAGUAAAAUACAAUCAGCUGUAAUGACUAGAAAAGUAACAAAUAACAUGGCAGGUGUAGUCAAAGCAAUGGAUGCAGCUAUGAAGAGUAUGAAUCUUGAAAAAAUUUCAAACGUUAUGGAUAAAUUUGAGCAGCAAUUUGAAGAUCUUGGAGUUCAAACCGACGUCCUUGAAAACACCAUGUCACAAACCACAACCACUCUUAUUCCACAGAAUGAGGUUGAUUCACUUUUACAUGAAGUUGCUGAUGAGGCUGGGUUGGAGUUGAAUUUGGAGCUCCCAUCAGGAGUCGAAGGCAGCACUAUAGGAACACCAAGCGAAGUAUCGCAAGAACAAGACGAACUCACUCAACGACUUGCAAGGCUAAGACAAGCUGAAUAAAUUUAUAAUUCGUGAUAACAUUAUUUUUAUUCCCAAUCACAUUUAAAUUUAAAGUGCUUUAUAUUAUUGUGUCCAAUUCCUAGGUUUAUGUAAAAACUUAAGGCUUAAUCAGUGUAAAAUAAUAAAUGUAUUUUAGUUUUAUGUUA